AUGCUAGAGGAAUACAACCAAAACGAUACCAAUUUAGAUUUUGUUGAAAAGAAAAGACGUAUAGUGUGUUUGACUCGUUAUUCUGCUUCAUUACAGAGUUACGAUACAUCGAUUUUAUUCUUUCAUCUUCUUGGUCCAUUUAUUAUCAAUAUUUUGUCUGCUGUAAUGAUCAUCUUUAGAACAGCUCGUCAACGAUCAACAGCUCAAAAUCGACAAAAAUAUAAAGAACAUAUUGUUCAACAGUUUCAUGAGCAUAAACAAUUAGUAAUAAGUCGAAUUAUUUUAGUUGUUCUUUCUUCACCACGUCUGGUUGCUUCAUUCUUAUCUGAAUGUUUGAAUCCAUCACAUUAUCCAUGGUUAUUUCUUAGUGUUUAUUUCAUUUCAUUCGUUCCAUCAAUUCUUAUCUUCGUUAUUUUUGUCCUUCCUUCAAAACUAUAUCGAAAAAUAUUUAAAGAUACACUUAAACGUUGCUUUACACGACGAUUAACUCAUCAAUGA